CCUGCUACGCUACUUGGCAACUCUGGCGUUUUGCCAUCUGCUCCGUUGUUUGUGUUGACGCACUUUCGAGAACAUGCCCACGUGUUUUUAAUGUUUUUCAAAACCCAAACAAUCUCGACUAGCCGAUUGUCAAUGAAAGCUUAAUGUACUAUAGUAAUAACAAAAUGACGACCGAUUUUGAGAUAAUAGUUGGCACAUAUGAGCAGUUUUUGCUCGGUUACAAAGUUAUCAAUGUCGACGAUGCUUAUACAUUGGAGAGAAGUUUCGCUACUCACAGUCAUCUAGCCAGCAUAAGGGCGGUGGCAAGCGACAGACAUUAUUUAGCUUCGGGCGGAGCUGACGACACUGUAUGUCUUUAUGACAUGCGUUACAGAAUUGAAUCGGGUAGACUGAUGCAUCAUACAGGUACCAUAAAUUGCAUAAAUUUCACGCCGGAAGCGUCGCACGUGAUGACAGCGAGUAACGACGGGAGCAUCGGAAUAGUGAGGUGCGGAAAUUGGGAACUGGAGAAGCAUUGGAAAGCUCCUCACAAAGGUAACGCGGUGAACGCUCUGGCGAUACAUCCUUCAGGAAAAUUGGCGAUGUCGGCGGGUGGAGACGGAGUUCUAAGAACGUGGAAUCUGGUCAAAGGCAGACAAGCUUACGCGACGAAUUUGGUGCCGAGAUUGAAGUUUGACGCGAAAAACGUGACGAUAAUUCGCUGGAGUCCAAGCGGUGACAAAUAUUUGUUGGCCUCGAAUUGCAAGCUCGACGUUUAUUCGGUCGAGACCGCUGGCCUCUGCGCAGAAAUGUCUUUCGUGUCAAAAGUCGCCUGCGUCGAAUUCAUCAACGAGAAUCUUUUGGCCAUUGGUCACGAAGAUGGUCAAGUGCGCGUUUACGACAUGACCGCGGGCUCGAGCACUAUCGAGCUCAAAGCUCACGAUGCACGCGUCAAGUGUCUCGCUUUUAGAAACAAAUUCCUCGUUUCGGCCUCGAGCUCCGGUGAGAUAAAAUUGUGGCGUUGCGGCAAGAAAAAAUUGAGCAUUUUGUCGCUGGCUAGUUGUGACGCGAGAAUAACGUGCAUGUCGCUCGCAAAUAUUUGCCAGAACUCGUCCGUCACAAAAGAGGAAGCAAAAGUUUCCGAAGAGAGUGAAAAUACGGGAGCAAAAGUUUUCCGGAUGCGUCAGGAAGUGAUAAUCGAAGACGAGGGCGAGGAGAACAUCGCCAAUGCUCCGAGGAAAAAGAAGAAGAAAAAAUCAAUGAAGAGGCCUGUGGAAGAGAUCCAAGAACGGGAAUCGAGUGACCGAGCGAGCCCGCAAAAAUUGAAGAAAAAAAUGAAUCUGGAGAUUUAUAAAACUGAGUCGACGAAGAAGAAAAAGAGGAGUUUGUCAGUAGUGAAAUCCGACGACGAAAGUUUCCUCAAAAUGACUAAACGAAAAAAAAUUAUUUCACAAAACGAUCCGAACGAAGUUACCGAUUCGACGGACACUGGCGUUGCAGCGAGGAACAACAAAAAGAAGAAACGACCGAUAAUCUCUAUCGAAAAAUCCACUAAAACUGACAUUAAAAAGAGGAAAAAACAAAACGAGAUUUCCAGCUCGAGUUCAGACUUACCGGUGAAAGCGAAAAAAAAGAAAUUAUCGCGAUAGCCAACCAGUCCGUGACCGCGACCAAUUACUACACAUGUUUUACCAUUUAAAUCUGUGAGAAUCGAAGGAAAAGAUACAUGGGCGAUUCGAAAAUGUCGAUAAAACUUUUUUUUUUUCUUUUUUUUUUUUCAAAUCCUAAUUACCUAAUAUAAUAUUUACAGAGUAUAAAGUUUCGAUAAUAAAAUUGCUUGAUUAAUUA